UUAUGUGCGUGUGGCGGUGCCGGUCUCCGCCACUAAACCGUGUUCCAGUGGCUUCUCUGGACGUGUGCGAGAAAGGCAGGUUGGGAAAGGUAUAAAGAUGAGUCCUCUCGCUGCGACGCGUGCACAGCUGUACACUUCCUCGACCUCCUCUAUAUCGCGCGACACCCGUCCCGCGAUCCCCACAGUACCGCGCAUCUCCAUAGCCUGUCUUUUGAGUACCCUCAACUUCAACCCACCGGAGUCAACCCAAGAUUACGCUCCCACCCAACGGCUUCCGACCUACCGUCGACCCAUCUAUAUAACUGAUCUGCUACGCUAUGGACGGUGGCGCGCUCUCCCGAGGGGAGGUCACGUCUUCCAAAGCUGGAGUCCCUGCAAGUCCCAUGGGCACAUACAACGACGCUAAGGCCACAGCCUUCCCCAUAUCGGCAGCAAGAGAGGAGCCAUACGACCCUCGCACUCCACGCUACAUCCCCCCUGCCACGCUUAUUCCAGAACCUUCAGUAGUAUCGCCCGCCGUGAGCCAUCGAAUACUACUAAGAGAAAAACCUGGCUUCCCUGGAAUCCUCGAAGAUGGGCGAUGGACAGUGCGGCACCCGCAUGUGCAGACCUACCUCAUGAACCUAGGCAAUGUCUACGCCGAGGCGACCGGUUUCACUGGUGCAAGCACCUCUAGGGACGAACCAGAGAGAUACGUAUAUGGGUGCAUUGACGUUGGACGCAUCGAAGAUGUCGGACAAGUCAUCGGCGCGACCUUGGACGAUGUCAUGUCGGAAGCCGUCUUGACCCUCGCUGCUUUGGAAGUUAUGGACACAGUCAGACAUCCGGCGCACUUCGCUCUUUGGGGAGUGAACGUGCGCGACCGCACCAUUGAAAUCGUCAAGCGCGUACAAGGCAAGCUCCUCACGCUGCGCUCCAAGACAUGGGAUCGCUUUAGCGAAGAAACUCAGCGAAUACUUCAGCGGGCAGUUUACCCCGAAGUAAAGGCGAAGCAGUCUACCAAGAGGGUCACUCGGGCACAGAAGCUGAAAGCCAUCGCGAAGGAUAAUUCGAAGACCAAGCUCCAAGCUGCACGUCCGGUCCUGCGUGAGCGCAAAACGAAGAAGAGCGCGGCGAAGGGUUCUGGAGGCGUGCCGACUACUACAUUGAGACGUUCGAGCAGGCUUGCGCCUCUGGUAGAAGAGCGGACACAGACCGCUGAUCUGUUACUGCACCACGCGAGCGAACAAGGCGCAGAUGUCAUGGCCACCGACUUGGGGCUCGACGGAUGUGACACGGCUCAGCAUGCUAUUGCAUCGUCAGACCCCAAGCUGCCGCGGCCAACUCAGACGACUCAUGAGCGUUCGGUCCCUGCGCAGCUUUUGGUCGCGGAGGCGUUACUUCAGCUCUCAACAUCGAUACACCCAGAUGACCUCAGGACAGUCCGCGGCGACUCCAUGGAGACCUCGCGAUCCUUGACGGCUGUGGCCGAAGCGGGCGCUGGCGGCAAGGUGGCGGGAACGAAACGGAAAGCAUCUGAGGCCGUAGAAGACGAUGGCUCAGCGGAACCGCAGUCCGUGGUUGAGAAGCCAAGACGUACAUUGAGGUCGGCGCGCCCGGCUACGGCGAAAGGCAAAAUGUUCGCGGCUGAGAUGGCGGCCGCCCAAGAGAAGGCGCAGGCCAUUAGAGCCAAACGAGCCAAACGUUCGUAAGUUAUUGUUAUAUGAUAUCCUCUGUUUUAUUGCGACCCUGUUACAUGCGUAUACCCUUGGACACAGUGACUCGCGUAGCUUGUAUCAGCCGCUCCGAACACAUGUGUUGUACUAGUCCGAUCUCCUCCCUGCGGCCCUAUACCCAUCAGCUAUACCCGGGCAUUCUCAAUCAAAC